AUCAACUAGUAUUCCGUUAGUUUAAGGAAAGGGUCUUUAGGUUUUCCAAAUAAGUUUCUUUUUUCUCUCCCAUUGGAAAGUUGGAAAUUGGGGAGAAUUUUUCUUUUCAAAUUUAAUUUUCAUUCUCGAAUAUUUUGGGUUAGAGAUUCAAACACAUGACCUCCCGAUCGAUAGGUGCUUAACCAGUUCUCUUUACUAUUAUUUUACUUUUAACAAAUAGAAAAUAUAAUUUUGAGUAUAUAUAUAUUAAUGUCCUAACAUGUGUUGUAUUAAAAAGUUAACGUAGGUUCAAUCAAGCAUUAGCCAACACGAACCUAAUCCCCACAUUUAUUGUACUAAAAAAACCUAAAAUUUAAAAAACACAAGAAACCAAGAUAAAAAUUAUAUAUAUAACUUUUUUUUCCCUUUUUAUAACUGAGAGUCGGAGUUUUGCUUCCCUAUACCCAGGGCCAACCACGUCCGCMCCAGGACCCGGAUUUCGAGACUAAAAUUAUAAUUGAACAUUCUAAAAAUAAAAAUGAGGACUGCAUAAUCUUUUUUUUUCCCUUUAAAUAGAAAAGAUAGACGACAAAAUAAAUAGUAGCAUCACCCUUGGUCAAUGAUACUAUUAUAAAUUCACCUACAACUAGAAAAUAAUAACCCUUCUGCAUGCACAUGAACAGUACGUACUCGAUCUUAAUUAUUUGACUUGGUUUAAUUCUACCAUCAGCUAUCUUAUCAUCCUUAAAAAGUCAAUUAAAUCAAUAUUUGUUUACUGAAACUUGCCCUAAUUAAACCAUUUACUCAAUCAAAACGAAGUACAACAAUCAUGAAUAAGAAACAACAUACUUGCUACCCACCAUCAACACUUUGAUAUAAAUUUAAAAUCUCACAAGCAAAAUUAGACUAAGAAGAUCAUCAUGGAUGAUCUAAAAUAUUUGAUCUUUGCUCUUUUGGGUGGCUUAGCUCUUGUCACUCUUGUUCAAGCUCAAGAUCAAUCAGGUUUCAUCAGCUUAGAUUGUGGAUUGCCAGAAGACACAAGUUACACUGAACCAACAUUAACACUUCGUUUUACUUCUGAUGCUGCCUAUAUAAACAGCGGCAUAAGCAAAAGCUUAUCCUCUAAUUAUCAAAAAGUUCUUUCACGACAAUAUCAUCAUGUUAGAAGUUUUCCUCAAGGACGCAGGAAUUGUUACAAUAUAAGCAUUAGAAGGGACACCAAAUAUUUGAUGCGAGCAAGUUUCUUGUAUGGAAAUUAUGAUGGGCUUGGAAAACUGCCUAUGUUUGAUCUCUACUUUGGAGAUAGCUUAUGGAGGACAAUGAAUUUAACUGAUGAAAGCAUUGAUGCCACAAUAGAUACCAUAUAUGUGACCUCAAACAAUCAAAUACAAAUCUGUCUUGUAAACACAAACAAUGGAACUCCAUUUAUCUCUUCUUUGGAAUUCAGACCUUUGCCCAAUGAGACUUAUGAGGUCCAAUCAAGAUCAUUGUUGCUUCAAAUUCGAUUUGAUUAUGGCACAACAACUAAUAAAACAUACAGGUUUCCUGAUGAUAUCCAUGAUCGCUUUUGGGUGCCUUUCAGCUGGUACGAGUGGACGAGUAUAAGUACCAUGCUUGCAAUAGAUUCAGGUCAAAACAAUUAUUACCAGCCAGGGUCUGCUGUCAUGGGAACAGCAGCUAUUCGAAUAAAUACAAGCAAGCCCUUAGAGAUCUGGUGGGAGUCAGAUGAUGAGAACACCCAAUAUUAUGUAUUCAUGCACUUUGCUGAAGUUGAAGAUCUCAAAGCCAAUCAAACCAGAGGAUUCAACAUCACCUAUAAUGGGAAUCUUUGGUACGGGCCUCUUAUUCCCAACCUGUACACAACAACCAUCUUUAAUCCUUUACCAUCGCGAGUGCCAACUAAAAAGCAUCUAUUCUCACUUGUUCCAAUUGAAAAUUCAACACUCCCUCCAAUCAUAAAUGCUAUAGAAAUUUACUCCCCGCUAGAUCUCUCGGAACUAGCAUCUAAUCAAGGAGAUGUGGAUGUGAUAAGAAACAUCAAAUCAACUUAUGGAAUACUCAAAGAUUGGGUAGGAGAUCCAUGCGUUCCAAGAGAAUACCCUUGGGAGGGUAUAGAUUGUACCUAUGAGACCACUCCUAGAAUUGUCUCUCUGAAUUUGUCCUCGAGUGGAUUGGCUGGGGAGAUUUCUUCAUACAUAUCCAAUCUAGAAAUGAUUCAAACUCUGGACUUAUCCAACAAUAACCUGACAGGAAAUAUCCCUACUUUUCUUUCUAAAUUAUCAAACCUUAAAGUCCUGAAGUUAGAACACAACAAGCUCACUGGGCUUGUUCCACCUGAACUCAUUAGGAAAUUCGAUGAUGGUUCAUUAUUGUUAAGUGUUGAAGGAAAUCCAAAUCUAGAUGCAUGUCUAUCAGAUUCAUGUGUUAAGAAGAGUAAGAAGAAUAAUGUCGUUAUUCCAAUAGUAGCAUCAAUUGGUGGAUUGGUAGCCAUCGCUGCAAUUGCAACGAUCAUCUUUUGGAUUGUUAGAUCAAAGAAGAAACGACAAAAUGAAACUGCUGUUUCGUUGAUGGAUCAUUCAGAAAGCAAAAACCAAUCUAGUGACUUAUUGGAGACAAAAAGGCGACAAUUUACAUUUUCAGAAGUCUUGAAGAUGACAAAAAAUUUUGAGAGAGUUCUAGGCAAAGGAGGUUUCGGGAUGGUUUACUACGGCCUUAUAGACGAUGUUCAAGUGGCUGUGAAGUUACUUUCCCAAGCAUCAGAUCAAGGUUAUCAACAGUUUCAAGCAGAGGUUAAACUUCUUUUGAGAGUUCACCAUAAAAACUUGACUAGUCUUGUGGGGUAUUUGAAUGAAGGAGACCACCUUGGCCUCAUUUAUGAGUUCAUGAAAAAUGGAAACCUAGCGGAGCAUCUUUCAGAGAAUAGUUCACGUGUCUUAAGUUGGCAAGAUAGACUCCGAAUAGCCACGGAUGCAGCACAAGGAUUGGAGUACCUGCAUGAUGGUUGCAAGCCGCCCAUAGUCCACAGAGAUGUGAAAACAACCAACAUCUUAUUGACAGAGAAUUUCCAAGCCAAACUUGCAGAUUUUGGUUUGUCCAAAAGCUUCCCGACAGAAGGCAACAACACCUACAUGUCCACCGUUGUUGCUGGCACUUUUGGUUACCUUGAUCCAGAGUACUAUAAAUCAAACAGGCUGACUGAGAAAAGUGAUGUGUAUAGCUUCGGUGUUGCUCUGAUGGAAAUAAUCAGCUGUAGACCUGUAAUAGCAAUGAAUGACAAAAAUGUUCAUAUCAGCAAAUGGGUGAAGUCCAUGCUCGCUAAAGGGGAUAUUAAUGGCAUAGUCGACAGAAGAUUAAAUAAUAGAUAUGAUGUGAACUCGGUUUGGAAUGCAGUGGAAAUAGCAGUGAAUUGUGUAUCUGAGAACUCUGGUGAAAGACCGAUGAUGAGCCAAGUGGUGGCGCAAUUGAAGAAUUGCUUGGCAAUAGAAAUGGACCGGACGCCGGAAAGUCGAGCUUCCAAUCAGGCAAAUUUCGUUCACAUGACGUCCAUCGUUAUGGAUGAGAGUGAAUCCGUUCCAAUGGCAAGGUGAACUUUGGGAAAUUUCCAGAUGGGUAUUGCCGAAUCAUGUUCCUUUACCUUGAAUUGUAAGAUAGAAUAGCAUCUCAUUUUAAGUUUGAUUGA